UCCACCAACAUCAUUCCUGUUGCUAUACAACUGAUUUAUUCUUGAUGCCACGGUCAACGUGUGUAAUCCACAACAGACUGCGCCUUUUCCCUCCGCUGUCCGCGCCUGGACCAGGAGACCGACCAACUUGUCGCGUCUGGACCACAGUUUCCCGUCAGAUUUCUGCACUUGGUCGUGUUUCCAGUCUCUUUUUCUUGCCACUUAACCCAGAUUCAACAAUUGGCGACUCGCUGUUAGAAUGUAUUUUAUCAGCUUCCCACGACAAGCGUUGAACAGAGUCAUUGUCAGGAGGCUGCGAGCCUGAGCGCGUCCGUUCCAAGGGCUUCUGUAAGGUGGCAGUCAGAAAGAGAGAGAGAGAGAAAAAAAAUAUGCACGAUCAAGCUGAUGUGCGGUAAACUACACACAGAGGUUGAUGCACACCUUCUGGAGCUGCUCUCUUCUCCGACAGGUGUGCGGCUGUGAGCAGAGCGGUUCUGGCUGCGGCGCAAAGUGCGUAGAUUUUCCGCGCAGACGGGCGUCCUGGUGGCGGAGGGUCCAACUAUUUGGGCAAAACGCCGAGUGCGUCUAACAUGUGGACCAGGGACGCAUGCAACAGAGAGCCCCGAACAUGAGGAGGAGCCGACAUCGCGCAAAUAUGGGACUUUCAGUGCUUUUCAGAUGGAUUGUGUUCACAGUGGUGGUGCCCGCCUGGCUGCUCGCUGUUCCCAGUGGCAUCCGUGAGCGUCCCUGCCCCCAGAGCUGUAGAUGUGAUGGGAAAAUAAUAUACUGCGAAUCCAAUGCCUUCCGUGACGUGCCAAACAACGUGUCUGUCGGCACACAGGGCCUGUCCCUGCGCUACAACAGCCUGGCGAACCUCAGAGCCCACCAGUUUGCAGGCCUGAGUCAACUAGUUUGGCUCUACCUCGACCACAAUUACAUCAAUGCCGUGGACGGCCAGGCUUUCCACGGCAUACGGAGGCUCAAAGAACUGAUUCUCAGCUCCAAUAAGAUCACACAGCUAAAAAACAACACUUUCCACGAUGUCCCCAAUCUGCGUAAUCUUGACCUUUCCUAUAACAAGCUGCAGGUUCUCCAGCCGAAUCAGUUUGUGGGUCUACGGAAGCUGCUGAGUUUACACUUGAGGUCAAACUCCUUAAAAACUGUCCCAAUGCGAGUUUUCCUUGACUGUCGCAACCUGGAGUUUCUAGAUAUUGGCUACAACAGGCUUCGGAGCCUCACCCGUAAUGCCUUUGCAGGACUCCUUAAGCUCAUUGAGCUUCAUUUGGAGCAUAACCAGUUUUCGAAGAUAAAUUUUGCUCAUUUUCCGCGCCUGACUAACCUGAGGGCCCUGUAUCUGCAGUGGAACCGUAUCAAACUGCUCACCCAGGGACUGCCGUGGAUGUGGACUUCCCUGCAAAAGUUGGACCUGUCCGGAAAUGAGCUCCAAAUGUUGGAUCCGAGUACAUUUCAAUGCCUGCCUAAUCUUCAGACUCUUAACCUGGACUCCAACAAACUCAGCAACGUCUCCCAGCAGACAGUGGAGGCUUGGAUCUCGCUCACCACCAUCAGUCUUGCUGGCAAUUUGUGGUUCUGUAAUCCCAACAUUUGUCCUCUGGUGUCCUGGCUCAAAGCCUUUAAAGGCAACAAGGAGUCUACCAUGAUUUGUGCCAGUCCCAAGGAGGCACAAGGAGAGAAAGUUACUGAUGUGGUGGAGACUUAUAACAUCUGUACAGCCACGCCGAGCCCCGUCCCCUCGACGAAAGCGCCCCUCACCUCUGUGUUCCCACCUGAGCUGCUGCCUCUUACCACAAAGUCUGUGUCGGAUAAAAAGCUGAUCUGGAACAGGACGGCUUCUCCGACCCCCACCGAGGCCUCCCCCACCAUCCCCCUGCCAGACACUGAGUACGUGUCCUUCCACAAGAUCAUAGCUGGUAGCGUGGCCCUCUUCUUAUCUGUGGCUAUAAUUCUGCUGGUUAUAUAUGUCUCGUGGAAGCGCUAUCCCACCAGUAUCAAACAGCUUCAGCAGCGCUCAGCAGUUAAAACGCGCCAGAAAAAGGCACGGGAGACUGAGCGCUCCCUUAAUUCGCCACUGCAAGAGUACUAUGUGGACUACAAGCCUUCACACUCAGAGACUAUGGAUGUGCUGGUUAAUGGGACAGGACCUUACACAUACACCAUCUCAGGCUCCAGGGAAUGCGAGAUUCCGCGGCAGCUGAGCGCUCUGACAUUGUACAGGUGUGAGCAGUCGGUUCUGGAUUACUGCCAUGCCCACCUGUCGCUGCGCCUCAAUGUGGGCAUGGAGCCCUCCACUCAGGCGCUGGGAGGUCCGGGGCCAGCCUUGUACCACCCGGGCCUGAUGGCUGCCCUCCCCUCCGAGCCUGUGCUGCCUUGCCCCCCAACCUACUCCCACCACCAGUGAGCCGUGCAAACUGCGAGGCUCGUCUCCAAACUACUGUAUGUCUGCUGCACAGGAUCAGUGGACUGCUCAAAGGAAUUUAAAGGCUGCGUGGGAGGGAACUGGGACUGGUAAAGAAGCAAAGGAGACAAUUAAUCUACUGCAGAGCAUCCUGGAUGCAGGGUAAUGAAAAUGAAAAUAUUUCUCAGUGGAAAUAACGGGGUGCAGCAGUAUUGAUUAGUGAGCUUCUGACCUGGCUGAUCCUCAAUGUCCUCAAUUAGCAAAGGUGGCGGAAAAAGCAGCAUGACUUUCCACGCUCUGCUUUGCCUCUUGAGGAGUAUUAAGGAUAAUAAGUUAAUGAUUUGUUAAUCUUAUUAAACAUAUUUCCUCGACUUCUCAUAAUCUGGGCACCUCUCCGCUGUGCAGGUAAAGUAAUCAAAUGCAAAAUGCUAUAAACAGAGCAGGGAAACAGCAUGAUAAGCAGUCGAGUAGCAGAACAAAUGAAAGAUCGGCCAACCUAUAAGGUUCUCUGCUGCUUUUCCUGAUCAUGCUGUCAGUCAGAGGUCUCUCUCUCGCUCAAGUCCCUGUAGCGUUUUUCAUUUCAAGAAAUUAGCCACUCCAAUGAAAUUACCCAAGACAAGAGAAACGAGUCAGAAAAUAUCGGACAGUAACUGUCAUAUAAAAUGUACAGCCCACACAUCUUGCCGGCAGUAAGUAUAAUUUUCAUGGUGACUUUUGAUUUCCUUAAUGAUUUGUGAUGUUGAUCACUUUCUAAUUAAUUUAAUGGAGCUGAGAAAUAAACAGAUGAAAACUAAACACCAAGUACAGAUCUUGGUGCUCUGGGACGUUGAGAUACUUACGUUUCAUCCUUCAUUUAAAUCACUCUUGUGGUUAAUGGUUUUUGUUUUUAUAAUGUGUUAUUCAAGCAAUUAUCUGACUGUGCACUCAUAUAUCUACAUGUGUGUGCUUUUUACGAGAUGUUACACUAUAAUAUAUGGUAAAUAAACUGUGGUAAAUGACCA